AUUGUGUAAAAUUAAAUUAUAAGUUUAUUUGUAAACGCUUCGAAAAUGGCAAAGAAAUAACAAACCUUUUAUUAUCGCCAGAUGGCAACUACGCAGUGACAUGGAGCAAAGAUGACACCUCAAUUUGCGGUUGGCAAUUUAAAAAUGAGCACAUAGAAUCAUCAGUAGAAUCACCCAAACCUUUCGAGUUUGAUUGUUUAAUAUAUUUAAAAGAUUUAAAAGCACAGAAGGGCGAAUUGAGAGAAUUAAGAGCAGUUUCAAAUAAUAAACUUGUUGCAAUACAACAAUAUGAUAAUAAAAUUGAGGUCAUUAAUGUUGAAACAAGGGAAAAUUAUUUAGAACAAGUAUAUUCAGUAAAAGAAUGUAGAUUUUAUAAUAGAGACUUUUUAAUUGUUUGCCAAGAUUAUACCAUUUUAAAAUUUUCAAGAGAAGAAUUAAAGGAUCGAAGAUUGAAGCUUACUAAUUCAAUUCACUGUGGAGCAAGUAAAGAUAUUAUAAAAUGUCAUAUAAACGCUAAAGAAAAGAUAAUGCUUCUUGAUAGUUGUGGGUCUUUAACACAAUGGAGUUUAAACUUAUUAUUUGAAAAACAAUAUCAAUUGGAUAUAGCACGCUUUGAGAAUAAAAAAAAAAAAUGCAGAGAAUUGCGAGAUGGCAUUGCAUUUUUAAUAAAAAUUCGACACUACUUGCAGUUUAUUUAG